GGUCAAGGUCGGUCUGUAGGCUGUGGGAGACAUUCGCACCAGAUUCGCUAUAAAAGACCUCUCUUCUCCACUGACGCAUCACUAACAUCUGAACCAUGAAGUUCCUGAUCAUCGCCUGUGUGGCCGCCGUGGCCGUCGCCGCCCCUCAGUACAGCUACGAUGGGCCAAGAGCUGCAUCCAGCGAGGAGGUGGCCAUCCUGAGGGACGACCGCGUCCUCGAAGACGACGGAAGGUACAACUUCGACGUGGAAACUGCCAACGGCAUUGUCCUGUCUCAGUCUGGCUCUCCCGACGGCGAUGAGGGCGCCGUCGUCAAGGCUGGACAAUACUCAUACACCGCCCCUGACGGUACCGACGUCCGCGUCACAUUCGUGGCUGACGAGAACGGCUACCAGCCUCAGUCCGACCUCCUGCCCGUGGCUCCCGAGUUCCCCCACCCGAUCCCUCAGUUCGUCCUCGACCAGAUCGCCUUCGCCGCCGAGGAGGACGCCCGCAAAGCUCGCGAAGGUCCACGUGAAGCUCCUCGCUCGCUGUAUUCUGCACCUAACUAAAAAAAGUUUAUGACUUAUUUAUUGUAUAUAGAAAAUACAAACAAACUAUAAAGUUUAUGUAAAAAGA